CAAAGUGUGUAUAAACGGACCAUCGAAUAACCGUGAAACAAAACUCCUACUCAGUUUUAAGAGACCUUCCCUUUAUCGUCGAUGCCAUUAUUCCCUGUAUGAGGGCACCCUGCGCUUUGUUGCAGCGACGGGAUGUGCACACCAGAGAGUAAAUAUCGAGCUGCUGAGAGGAGAGCGAGUGAUUGAUAAUGAAGUCACAUCCGCCUCCGUGGUGGGCUGGCACAUCGCACCUCCUUGUAAACAGGACGAGGAAACGAAACUGAUUGCGCUGCCCAGCACGAGUGAGUGUCCGCCACGGUCCGGACGGUGUCAGGGACUCUCGCACCAUGGACAGGCAGCCCCUGCUCAGAAACACUGAACCUGACCAGUCAUUUCAGCCCCUGAGCCCACAGCUUUUACCCACGGUUACAACUGCAGCUUACCUUGGAACUCCCCAGGCCAAGGAAUUUCCGUCCGCACCACCAGCUCACCUGCUGGAUGAUGUCACUGGAUACGAGGGGACCAUAGGCGGUGAGGAACACUUUGUUCCACCACCACUUCCCGCGGCAGAAGGAACAGAGAGACUGGAGCCUCAUCCGCAGAGGGCCUGGAGUAUCCCAACUGUCACUGAGGAGAUGGCUAGAGAGGCAUUUAUCCAGUAUGCAUCCAGCAUAUGUUGCUACAGUGUCAAGCCUGCCAAAGAAAUGGCCUUUCGAGAUUUAAAGCCAUGCAACACCUACAGAUAUCGCCUGGAAAGCUUCACAGAAUCUAGAUCAACUGAGUGGACAUCAAAGCCCUAUACAGGUCAGUUUGUGGAUAGUAAUGCCUAUGGGCCUGCCCCACUUCCCUGGGAUAUCGUAGUGCAUAUACCCCAACUGUUUCAGGAACACACCGAGAAAGUCCCUGUACCUCACACUUCAUCUGUUAAGGGAUGUCACUCAUGCAUGGCGUUGGGUAGAACAGCAUGUACCAACUGCACGGCAACUGGAAGGGUGAGAUGUCAGGUAUGCAGCGGCCGUGGAUUCAAGUCCAAUGACAGGUGCAAUCCUUGCCACGGCAGUGGCCUUCAACGCUGUGUUUUCUGCGGUGGCAGUGGAGCAAAACCUUGUAAGACAUGUGCCCAAAGUGGACAACUCCUAGUCUACAUCCAGCUAAUAGUCAAGUGGAAAAAUAACAUUUUUGAAUACAUUGCUGAUCAACAAAGUGGACUUUCUUUAGAGCUUUAUGACAAAAUGGCUGGGGAUUGUAUCUUCACUGAUGAACAAGUUAUGGUCAGUCCUAUAGUGGCGUUUCCUGAAAUAAAGAUCACCCAGGCUUCUCAGCAGGCCAUCCAGCAGCAUCGAACCCAGCUGACAAGAGCCUCUGUUAUAAUACAGCAGCGUCAGACAAUUGAGUUCAUUCCCAUCACUGAAGUGUACUACGAGUGGAAAGGAAAGGAAUAUAGUUACUUUACCUGCGGCACUGACAACCGAGUGCAUGCCCCCGACUAUCCUGCCAAGUGUUGCUGCUGCACCAUUCUAUAAGCAUAUCAACGGGACCAAGCUGACAAGCCUUCCAUCCUGUCAACGCAAUUCACUAAGCUGCAGAAAUCCCAGAUCUGCACUUUCCUUCUGCAUUAUCUCUGU